AUGCUUAGCUACUCUAGAGUUUUCAUUAGAGAUUUGCAAAGCUAUGGAUAUGUGGAUUUUAUUACUGGUUCUAUGAUUUCAGCUAGGAGGAUUGUUAUUGGAUUCUAUGGUGAUGAUCCCCAGACUGUGGAGAAUUUCCGUGCACUAUGCCCAGGUAAGAAGGGAUUUGGCCUCGAAUGGCACUGCGGUUCGUUUGGCAGCGGUGUGAUUACCCUAACCGCAUUGUCAUGA